AUGUUUGCGCUGCUGGCCCUGUGUCUUCUGUGCUCGACCGCCUGGGCUCAGUUCCAGCCGGAUCGGUACUCUUUCUCUGAACCCGUGGGCAGCGGCACCGGAACCCGGUAUGCCACGUCUGGAUUUGGCCCAAUCACCGCUGUUAGAAUGUGGGAGCAGAACAACAACAUUGUCACCGGGUUUCAGCUAAAGUAUGGCUUCGCCUGGACUCCUCGGGUUGGCCGCAACACAACUAACCGCGUAGAGAUGUCCCUCUUCGAGGGCGAGGCCAUCGUCCAGGUGUCAGGGAAGUACAACCCCAACAACUUCAUCUACCAGCUGCAGUUUGUGACCAACAGAGGUCGUUUCCUGGCCGCAGGUCAACCCCUGGGCCUGUCCUUCACCCACUACCCCACCAACAGCGAGAGCGAACUGAGGAUCCUCAGCGGCCGUGUCAACAGUGCGGGCAUCACCUCCCUGGGCGCCCACUUUGCCAGUGUGGACGAUAUGGGGUACAAGAUGCAUGGCGCAGGAAACACCACUCACAGGAUGCAUCUGAACUAG